UGAGGGGCUCUAGGGGAAUCGCAUUAUCACCUUUCUCUUCUUCCCUCCUUCUCUCCCCUUCCCACCGCGAGACCACCACCCUCAUGGUCCCCCCACCGCCGUCUCACUCUCGAUCCGGAACUUUCUCACCUGCUCCUGCUCAGAACUUGCAGACAGGACUUUCACACUCUCCCCAUCCGUCACAGGCCGGUCCUCUGAGUGCUGGCGCGAGUCCCAGUACCAGCAGCCCGACCGCGGGGACCAGCUCUCUCACCAAAAUUGUCGUCGCCCAGGUCUACCUUCUUCUUAGUACUAUCAAGGAGGACAAGGACCGCGCCAAGUGGGAGUUACAAGUGGAUCAACUGAAAAAGCUCGCCUUUUUCUAGCUCCUCGAUGAUCACGGUAUGGAGGUUUUUUCUAAGUACUUCACCCGGCUGGUAGCCGGCAACGCCCCCCAGAUAUUUCCUGGUAUCACCCGGCCCGUUGCAAAUCCCGGCAACUACUCGCUCCUAGUAAACGAAAUGUCCAAGAUAUCGCACGACCUCGACCAAGCCUCUAGAAUAGCUGAAUCGAUCGAAUCAGCCAACGAGGAUAUCUUCCGCGAUUUCGAUCUGUCUACAUUCAUGGAGCACUUCAAGCUCGAUGCCUUAGAGAAGACUAUACUUGCCUUAGCGUUCAAGUUCGGCGCCCGGCAGGAUCUGAAGACUAAGGCCGAUGCGAUCCUCUCCACAAAUUUCCCUACUUUUGUCAACAUAAUCUCUAGAACAGAUUACGGCGAUCAUUCCGACCUUACUCCUUCUUUUAUUGCUACUAUCGUCGACCGAUAUAUCCAAGGCCAUCCGCCCAACUUCAACUCAGCUGCUAAGCACGAGCUAAGUGCUAAGGUUCAGGCUCGUUGGUUACAGCAGCAGCAGGACCAAGCACCUCCCAUGGAGGUCUUGGCCGCUUUGGAUCUCACUAGAGUGCUAGGUGAUAAACCCCCUAAUGCGCUCGCCCUUUAUAUUCAGAGGACCGGCACCGACUUCACCCGCGACGAGGAAACCUGCCUAUCUUACCUUCAAAAUCGUCCGAAUAAUAUACAGCUAAGCGAAGAGCAGGUUUCGACGGCAUUAACGUACACGACCGUCAGCCUUACCUAUCGCCAUAACCCUUUUGUACUUGUCGCUGCCCUUCGUCGUAUACUCCCGCAAACUUUUCGUUGGCACGACGUGGUUGCAUACUUUGAUCAGCGAGACGUGCGCGUAUCAUCAGCACAGUUCUUACGGUUAUACGAGGCCCUUUUACCCGUCGCGCAAUCCCAGGAUGACCAAUCUCCGCCGUUUAGUAUUCAGAGCUUGUGGGGAGGGUCUCACUGGGAGAAUCCGGAAACUCAGCUAUCCUUCAUAUGUGCAUUUGCAUCCUUGAGCCCGAAUGAACUUGAUGCGAGUACUAUUCCUGGCCUCCAGCCGACGUUUACACUUGACGAGUACGCACAAUCUCCUCCCGAAGUCCGCGAGCGAGCCGCAGUUGCUGUGAAGCAUCCUCUAGUCUCAGCUUUGGCCCUGUCUGCAAUCUUCCAGGUGGCACUUCACUCUCUACACGCGUCGCAGAGCACGGAAGCAAAACGGUUGUUCCAAGAGGUAGUUGUUCCGAAUCUUGAUAUUUUCAUAGUCUCUGCUUUCGGCGUUCCGAAACCGUGGCCGCCAAUGGCUGUCGAAACUUUGGCAUCUUUGUUUGAUAACUUCCUGCAUCGAAGGUCCGAGUAUCACGACUUCGUCUUGGAUAGCCUCUGGAGGAAAGACAGGGAUUGGGUCACGCAAAGACUUGUUGAUGCGCACGCCAUGAAGCCAUUAGAUCUGACGCUCAUAUUUGAGCAUGUCAUCAAGCAUAAAUGGCUAGACGAGCUCGUCUACUUACCCAAUGGAUUCGGCUACGAUCUUGCCGCCCUUGCGCAUGCUGAAGGUCAUCUCGAUCUCGCUCAGUGGGCUCAUAACAAUGCUGAGCGAAGUCCCGCCAUCUCCCAAUCUCUACUGCAAUUUCUAAUGAUCAAGGCAAAUCUCGAAUUGCAGUCACAGAGGGGUGGAGAUGGACAGCCGGUGGCAAAGACAAGUACACCUCUUCACGUCAAAACCGUACUCGCCAUGCUCCAAAUUCUUGAAGACUUUUUACCUCGGAACCCCUUGCCAGAGUUGAUUAUUGUUCAGCGCGCCUGCAUUACUUCCUAUCCCAGACUCAUCAACUACGGUGAGGGCUACGAUGAUAUCAUUGAUGCUAAUGGGAAGGACGGCAACGGGCUCCCAGCAGCCGCUGUCGCCAAGAUGGAAGAGCAUUACAAAAAAAUGUACGGGGAGGAGUCGGAGGUCAAGUAUGUCGUCCAAAAGCUCGAGGAGUACAAGCACUCGCAGUUUCCGUUAGAUCAGGAUAUCUUCGCGUGCAUGAUCCACGGCCUUUUCGACGAAUACUCCCACUUCAUAGACUACCCUCUUGAAGCACUGGCUACUACUGCAGUUCUCUUUGGCGGUAUAAUAUCCCACAAGCUGAUCUCCGAGUUGCCGCUGAAGAUUGGAUUGGGUAUGAUUCUCGAGGCCGUUAGAGAUCACGGUAUCGAUAGUUCAAUGUACAAGUUCGGCCUUCAAGCUCUCAUACAGAUUUUCCCUCGUUUCAGGGAGUGGCCAGGGCUUUGUAAGCAACUGCUGCAGAUUUCUGGCUUACGUGGCACUGAAGCUUAUCGAAAGGCUGAAGAAGUCGUGCUGGAAGAUGAAGAGGACCGGGGGCGUGCCCAAAACGGCACGGUUACCCCCAGUCACAUAGGGAAUGAACCUCCGAUGACUAACGGCGCUACUGACGGGCCAGAACCCCAUGCAGCUCCCUUCGCAGCGAUCAACGUCGAUCCGCCUCCUCAAGGGACUGCCUUUGAAGAUCCUGUCGUCGAUGUACAAGAUAGGAUUCAAUUUGGACUCAAUAACUUAACUACUUCCUCGCUCCAAACGACUUUUAGAGAGAUCCAUGAGGUUUUGGAAUAUCAGCAUCAGCAAUGGUUUGCCAGCCAUCUUGUCGAAGAGCGGGCAAAAAUGCAGCCAAAUUACCACCAGGUAUACCUUGACUUAGUGAAGCUCUUCCAAGAUUCGGGUCUGUGGUCUGAAGUGUUGAGGCAAACCUAUAUUAGCGUUGCUCGCAUGCUGAACUCAGAGAGCACGAUGCAGAACUCAACUGAUCGAACCCACCUGAAGUAUUUGGGGGCUUGGUUGGGACUCCUAACUAUAGCGAGAGAUCAACCGAUUAAACAUAGGAACAUCGCAUUUAAGCAGCUGCUUAUUGAGGCGCACGACACCAAGAGACUAGUUGUCGUAGUACCAUUUGUCUGCAAGGUCCUAAUUCAGGCUGGAAAGUCAACCAUCUUUCGACCGCCAAAUCCGUGGUUGAUGGACAUUAUUCACCUCCUUAUCGAACUUUACCAUCACGCCGAACUAAAGCUAAACCAAAAGUUCGAGAUUGAGGUACUCUGCAAAGACCUAAAUCUGGAUCAUAAGAGCAUUGAACCAUCUACCGAGCUUCAAGACCGUGUACCCGUCGAAGAGGCUACGGAUAUUGGUGCGCAAGACCCUCUGGAACAUUUUGAGAAUAUGUCUUUGAAUGGUAUGGCUAGCGCUGUCCCAGCCGGCCUUACGCCGCACCCCAUCCCAGUCACCAUUCCAGACAUCAGUGGCCUCUUAUCAAUUCCACCAACAAACGAGAUGGUUAUUAACAGCGUCCGUCUUCAUGAAAUUGUUCGCAAUGCGGUAACGAAGGCGCUGCAGGAUAUAAUUCAACCUGUUGUCGAUCGAUCCGUUACUAUCGCCGCGAUUAGUACACAGCAAAUGAUUCAUAAAGACUUCGCAACCGAGCCUGAUGAGAACAAGCUCCGAACGUCUGCUAUCAAUAUGGUCAAAGCCACUGCCGGAAGUCUUGCCCAGGUUACGUCGAAAGAACCUCUCAGAGCCAAUAUCACUAAUUAUAUGCGAAACGCCGCAGGCGAACUGCCUCACUCGCUUCCUGAGGGUACGAUUAUCAUGUGUGUUAACUCUAACCUCGAGCUUGCGUGCAGCGUAAUCGAAAAGCAAGCCGAGGAGCGAGCGGUUCCAGAAAUCGAAGAGAUGAUAGAGGGCGAAAUAGAAGCAAGGCGUCGACACCGCCUACAACGGCCUAGUGAGCCAUACGUCGAUCCUGGUCUUAGCAGAUGGGCGAUGACUAUUCCUCAUCCCUACAAGCUCUCUCCCAACAUGGCUGGUUUGAACGCGGAACAAAUGGCCAUAUACGAGGAUUUUGCCAGGCAGCCACGAGGUGCCACCACCCAAGCUGGACCAAGUCACGGCGCGUCGGCGUCGGAUGCGACUAGGAAUAUUGCAAACGAGGUCCUCCAAGAUCAGUAUAGCUCUGUACCCAACCUCGCUACUCCGGCCGAGACCCCUUCUCUUCCCCAUCUUAAUACGCAACUACCCUAUUCCCAUGUACAUGGUGGAAUGACUAACGGUCGCCCUUCGGCCCAUCCUUUGGAUGGAAGAGGAUUAAUGGAAAAGGUAGAGAGGCUCUUAUCUGAACUCAAACGUACUACCACCUCGACAGACGAAGAGCACUUCAGCGACCUUCCUAGGUCCCACCCAGUCUUGGAAGUCGUUGAUGUCUUCACUCAGCUCAUUAUCAACACGUCCCAAAACUCGGACGAGUUCGCAUUCUACGCUGCCGAAAAGAUUUGUCAGCUACUCUUCAGCGGAGUGGAAAACACUCUCUUCUUAGAAAGCCUCGUCCACAUCCUCGAGCAGUUGUUGAAGAUCGCUGCAAGCUCAGGCACCGCGCUACAUGACCGGGUGCAGAUCAGCUUCUACCAGCAGUCGCCUCAGAAUAUUCUCAAUAUUUCUUUAAUCACAGCGCUGCUCCCGACGGAUUUUCUCGACCUGCACAGCAUCGACAACAUGCUUUCCAAGAUGCUGGUACAAAGGGAGGAAGGCUACCUAGAGUUCUUUGAUAAACUCCUAGACCUGACUCUGUUCAAUGAACGGCCCAUGGCACUCUUUGCAGACUUCGUACGCAGUUUAGAAGUCGCAUGGGAAUGGAUCAGUGCCAGUCCUGACCUUGAAAUUAGCCAGCGGCUAAAGUCAAAGUUCCUUAAUUCUGGCCUUAUCAAACCGCAAAGUCGAGACGACGCGGAGCAACUAGAACAGUUCGAGUAUAUCUUCGACGAAUGGGUCCGUCUCCAUAACAAUCAUAACGCACCAGACAAGGCACGAGUAGCCUUCGUGAAGCAGAUUCGUAACCAGAACAUCAUCGCCAAUAAGGACGAUUUCGCAAUCUUCGCGCGAAGAGCCACCGAUAUGACGAUUAACUACUAUGAGCAAGUGUUGCACGCGGGAGGAAGCACUUCCGAAGCCUUCGCUGCUGUGGAUGCUCUCGUAAAGAUGGUCGCAGUCUUUGCUAGGGAGAACGGUGCCGAUCAAGAGGAUCCUAAGACUGGGAUUAUUCCUGUUCUGGAGACCGUCACGUCGCUCUUCGCAGUCGUUCUGAAUCACCACCACGUUACGAGAGGCGAGCAUUUCAAUCAGAGAGUCUUCUUCCGCCUGUUCUCUAUGCUCCUGCAUAGCGCCGAUUCGAUUUUUGCGGAAACUCCGAGUCCCGAGUCUUGCCGACAAGAAUUCCUAGUGAGACUCUCUUGGACGUUAUUACAGCUCAAUCCCGAACGUUUCCCCGGGUUUGCCUUUGCAUGGCUCAGCCUCGUAGGACAUCGGCGCUUCAUGCCUGACAUCCUUCUCCUCGAAUCUAAGUCCGGUUGGGCUCCCUAUACCAAACUCCUGAAAUGUCUUCUGAGACACGUCUCGGCUCAUAUGAAAGCCAUCGAUGUAACAGAUGUCGUUAAGGAAUACUACCGUGCAGUUGUCAAACUCCUAGUGGUAUUGGCUCAUGACUUUGGCGACUACAUAUCGGCCAAUGUCACCCAGCUGUGCUCAAGCAUCUCUCCUCAUUGCACCCAGUUGAGAAACAUCGUGCUUAACUGUAGCCCACGAUCCGAAGCCGUAGAGCUAGUCUCUCAGGACUCUCAGGCAGAUGCUUCUCCUAGUCUAUCGUACUUGAGAGAUGUUGGCAUGUUGGAAAUCCUAGAGCAACUUGUCCAGGCCCCACCCUCUGAGGAUGCAAUUGCCCACCUUACGCAUGCCAUUAACAAGAGCAAUGCGAGCGAUACAACGUACGGCAAUGUCCCUCUCGAUAUUAACUGCAAAGUCAUUGAUGCUAUUGUGAAUUUCUUCGGCCACCACGCCACUAUGUCGGCCCGUCAAGAGAGACCAGUCUAUACUCCCAGCGCCCCGGAUGCCGCGACGCUUUCGUUGUUGGUGCACGAGCUGCAGCCCCAGGCUCGAUAUUUCCUCAUCAGCAGCAUGGUCGAUCGUCUGCGCCAUUACAGCCCCGUCACCGAGUUCUUCAGCUAUGUCAUCUUUGACAUUUUCGGCCAAGAUCUCAAUGACCCCGAGGAGGCUGAUAUCCGCCAGCAAAUAGUUCGCGUGCUACUAGAAAGAAUUGCCAGCUUCUGGCCCCAGCCAUUCGGUCUUACAAUGGUCAUUAUGGAGCUGGUAACGAAAGAAAAGUAUCAUUUCUUCGACCAGCCUUUUAUCAAGGCAGAUCGCGAUAUCGCGGACCAGUUUAUGGCGUUUGCGAGACAGCAUAAUCAGUAAAUAUUAAACUAGCCACUCAUUAUAACGAGUAAAAGGCGUCAA